UUUUGUCUCUGGCCAGUGACCAUUCCUUUGAGUGGUGAGCUUUCUGUUCUUUCCAGUAACUGCUAGGCAAGUGGGCUAAUGUUGCUGGGCUGGUGGGCCCUGCCCCUGGGGUGGGCUAGCUUCCAUGAGUGGAGCAAAUGGAGUAAGGGCAGAGACAUUGACUCCAGUAUUUACUAACAAGAUAAAUAUACAAGGCUAGGCUGGUAGAUACAUAUUUUCCUCCUUUGUACCCUUCUUGCUAUCUUAUUCAAGCAUAUCAACUCUUUUUUGGUUUUUAUUUGGGGUUUUAAAAGUUCUAUUUUUGUUUUUGUUUUUGCAAUGUGCUGGUUUGUUUCUUUAAAAACGUUGAUUAUAAAAUAUUUCAAAUCUAUAAGGAGGCAUACAGAUGCAAUAUACUCACCAUCUAGCUUAACAAAGAGAACAUUAUGUGUGCGCUUGAAGCUGCUGUAUCUCUCUCUCAAAUCACAUCCCACACCAUCUCCUGCCGUGGUCUGCUGUCUGGAAGUUAGUGUUCAUCAUUCCUAAGCAAUUCUUUAUACCUUCACCAUAUAAUCUUAUAUACCUCAACAACAUAUAGUAUUGUUCUACAUAUUUUUAAGCUUUAUAUAAAUGGUAUUAUAUUUUAUGUAGUCUUCUGCAACCUGCUUUUUCAUUCAACCUGCCUGUUCACUUCUUAAACUUUAUUUGGGAUAUUUCUUCCAGUGUUACUUAGCUAUAUUGUUGUCAUCACCAGUGUGCAGCAUUACUGUGUAAUAGUGUUAGGCCAUAAAAUACAGCUAGAAAUGGCUUAGAUUGAAGCCUUUUAUGUGUGUCACAUUAAUAUGUAACUAUAAUAUAGUAUGUAACUGUUAAACGUAUUUGUUUUAUUUCAGGUUAUAAUAUAACUUAUCCUCUCAUGCUUUUUUCCUGCCCCUUCUCCCCAAAUCAUCAACAAUAGAAGAAGAAAACAUGUCAGGACACAAAUGCAGUUAUCCCUGGGACUUACAGGAUCGAUAUGCUCAAGAUAAGUCAGUUGUAAACAAGAUGCAACAGAAGUAUUGGGAGACGAAGCAGGCCUUUAUUAAAGCCACAGGGAAGAAGGAAGAUGAACAUGUUGUUGCCUCUGACGCAGACCUGGAUGCCAAGCUAGAGCUGUUUCAUUCAAUUCAGAGAACCUGUCUGGACUUAUCGAAAGCGAUUGUACUCUAUCAAAAGAGGAUAUGUUUCUUGUCUCAAGAAGAAAACGAACUGGGAAAAUUUCUUCGAUCCCAAGGCUUCCAAGAUAAAACCAGAGCAGGAAAGAUGAUGCAAGCGACAGGAAAGGCCCUCUGCUUUUCUUCCCAGCAAAGGUUGGCCUUACGAAAUCCUUUGUGUCGAUUUCACCAAGAAGUGGAGACUUUUCGGCAUCGUGCCAUCUCAGAUACUUGGCUGACGGUGAACCGCAUGGAACAGUGCAGGACGGAAUAUAGAGGAGCACUAUUAUGGAUGAAGGACGUGUCUCAGGAGCUUGAUCCAGACCUCUACAAGCAAAUGGAGAAGUUCAGGAAGGUACAAACACAAGUGCGCCUUGCAAAAAAAAACUUUGACAAAUUGAAGAUGGAUGUGUGUCAAAAAGUGGAUCUUCUUGGAGCAAGCAGAUGCAAUCUCUUGUCUCACAUGCUAGCAACAUACCAGACCACUCUGCUUCAUUUUUGGGAGAAAACUUCUCACACUAUGGCAGCCAUCCAUGAGAGUUUCAAAGGCUAUCAACCAUAUGAAUUUACUACUUUAAAGAGCUUACAAGACCCUAUGAAAAAAUUCGUUGAGAAAGAAGAGAAGAAGAAAAUCACCCAGCAGGAAAGUACAGAUGCAGCCGUGCAGGAGCCGAGUCAAUAUUUACAGAAUAUUUGCCUUGCGAGGAAAGCAAAUUCAGAUAUUAAGAUGCUACAGAAAGGGACAGAAGGCCAGCAAAUUGGCAUAUUAAUUUCAUUAGAGGAAGAAAACCAGCGCAAGGAAUCCUCUAGUUUUAAGACUGAAGAUGGAAAAAGUAUUUUAUCUGCCUUAGACAAAAGCUCUACACAUCCUGCAUGCUCAGGACCCAUAGAUGAACUGUUAGACAUGAAACCUGAGGAAGGUGCUUGCCUGGGACCAGUGGCAGGGACCCCGGAACCUGAAGGUGCUGACAAAGAUGACCUGCUGCUGUUGAGUGAGAUCUUCAAUGCUUCCUCCCUGGAAGAGGGCGAGUUCAGCAAAGAGUGGGCCGCUGUGUUUGGGGAUGGCCAAGUGAAGGAGCCAGUGCCCACUACGGCCCUGGGAGAGCCAGACCCCAAGCCCCAGACAGGCUCAGGUUUCCUUCCUUCGCAGCUUUUAGACCAAAAUAUGAAAGACUUACAGGCCUCGCUACAAGAACCAGCUAAGGCUGCCUCAGACCUGACUGCCUGGUUCAGCCUCUUCGCUGACCUCGACCCACUCUCAAAUCCUGACGCUGUUGGGAAAACCGAUAAAGAACACGAAUUGCUCAAUGCAUGAAUCUGUACCCUUCGGGAGGGCACUCACAUGCCACCCCCAGCAGCUCCCCCGGGGGCUAGCAGAAGUAUAAAGUGAUCAGUAUGCUGUUUUAAUAAUUAUGUGUCAUUUUAAUAAAAUGAAAGGGUCAACGGCCCUGUUUAUAUUGGUAUAAUUAUUUACUCUUAUUUGGUAUAAAGGGUUUUCGUGUAUCUCUAUGUGGACCUAAAUAAUACAGGAUUGUCUACAAGCGGUUUCCAGUCCGCCGCUCUCCUGCCUACAUCCCAUCAUGGCUGCUGCGGUGUCACUGGGCUACCGUGAGAUCCAAGUUGAAAUCAGAAGCCUACUUCGAUGGUAGGUUUGAAUGACGUGUCCUACAGCCUCAGAGGCAGCAGGGGGCUAGCAAAGCUUAAAUGCCUCCUUCUCCGCCCCCAGCCUCUGUCCCCCUUGGAGGAGGGCUGUAGGAAGAUACCCUCUUCCUGCCAAGCCACCUUCCAGUGAGCUCUGGAUGAAGCUCUGGCCAACCAAAGACACUGUCCCCACAGCAGGUGCCUGGUGGGCCACGUGUUCUCACACUGGUGGAGAAGCUGGGCUUCUCUCCAAGGCACAAACCUUUCUAUGGAAAGCAGCCAUAUUUGCAGAUACCACUGUCUCCUUUUGUCCUCUUCGUGGCUGGAAUUCAAAAGCAUGUAUUUCUGAAGCCCCUUGUGACAUUGUUUUUUUUUUUUUUAAUUAAACAGAAAAGAUAUUUGACAUGCAAA